UACACGGGAAAUACGGGAAUGGCUGGCUGCUGCGUCCCUGGUUGCAGCAACUCGACGACCAAGGGAUUUUCAUUGAGAAGCUUCCCUACGAAUCGCGAGCGCAGAGAACGAUGGAUCGCCAAUAUUGGUAUACCGAACUGGGAACCCAGUGUCAACAGUCGCGUAUGCGAGGCGCAUUUUGCCAAGAACAUGUGGGAGAAGGACCGUUGUGACGGCAAGCGCAAACUGAAAUUGAACGCUGUGCCCACGAUUUUUGCGUCUCAUUCUGUGCCGGACGACUUUCCUGCUUUAUUGGAAAACUUUAACAAAGACAACAAUGUCGUAAACAUGCUCAUCGCGAGUCUGACGGACGAAGGAAAAGUUAAGAUAAAUUUUCAGUAUCAGUUGCAUUCUGACAAUAUUGAACAACUGAAGAAUGAACCAUCAAAGGAUUCUUCAAGCAUGCUUGCAUCUGUGAACAUGAAAGAAGAGACGGAUUGGAAGAAACGAUGUGAGGAAUUGACGCAUCUAUUGACAAAGAGCGAAAGUGAAUGCAAGAAACUUCAGGACGCUAUGAAAAGGCGCGAGGAAUUGUUUAACAGGAUAAUAAAAAAGAGUUACAGAUGCGGACAGAUUUUAAAGAAACGCUUGAGGAAACUGAGAGAAGAAAGGCAAACUUACGACAAGUUAAAGAUUAGAUUGAGAGAGAUUUUCAAUGAGGAUCAGAUUAAGGCUCUCAUCAAUCAGGGAGUGAGCCGAGAAUGGUCUGAUGAGACGAUUAAGCGGGCUAUUCGGCUGAGGCUUACGUGUGGUAGCGUCGGGUACCAACAGAUUUUAGAACAAAAUAUUCCUUUGCCUUCGGAACGAACCCUUCGAAGAAAAAUGAACAAUGUUGAGUUACACGAAGACGUGUAAAAUAAAACUUCGAAGACUUAAGCAUA